AGUGCCGCAGACCUCCGACCGCAGGUGAGGGGCCGCGCCGACGGCGACAUGCUGUGAUGUCACUUACCGGAUGAAGGCGCAGCUGCAGUUGCUUCACGUCAAAACAAUCCGGAAGACGACACAUCACGACGGAACUGUUGUUGGUGCUGAAUUAACACCGUUGGUGUUUUCAGGCAUGGUAGGGGAAAUUCAGAAUGCCGUCUAAUAACGGAGAAACCUAGCGAACUACGCGAAGGCUUCUCACCGUCCCAGGAGUCGGAAGUCGGUCAGCCCAGCCUCGCGUUUUGGAUUCAAAGUCCAUGCAAACACUGUAGCUGUUCGACAUAUUAAAGUGCCGCAGCUCAUCGUAGACUGGCUCAGAGUCAUCAUGGGCAAUGGAAUGAAUAAGGUUGUCGAUGGGCUCUACCUUGGGAAUAUAAGAGAUGCAGAAAACAGAGAAAGUCUGUCUAAGAAUGGCAUCACCCACAUCCUGUCUGUGUACAACAAUGCUAAGCCUGUGUUUGAGGACAUGACGUACCUUUGUAUUCAUGCAGCUGAUGCUUCCAGCCAGAACCUAUUACAGCAUUUUAAAGAGUGCAUCAGCUUCAUCCAUGAAUGUCGCCUGAAUGGUGGAUCUUGUCUUGUUCACUGCCUCGCAGGUGUGUCCCGCAGCACUACCAUGGUGGUGGCCUACCUGAUGACUGUCACACACUACAGCUGGGAGGAGUGUCUGUCUGCUGUCAAGGCUGUUCGCUCUUUUGUCGGCCCAAAUUAUGGCUUCCAGCAGCAGCUGCAGGAGUACCAGACGACACAAGUCUUAGAGUACCGAGCUUGGUUAAGAUCCAGUUUCCAUCCCAGUCCCUUCAAUGACCAGGAGCAGGUGGGAGCCCUGCUGAGCCAGUACACAGAGCAACAGGCGAGCCAGAGGAGAGGAGCAGACCAGCGCUGGCUAAAUCAGGGUUUAGGUGUCUGUGCUCUGCCAUCUGAUCCUGAUGAUUCUGAAGGCAGCAGCUGAAACAUGGGCCUCUGGCCAUGCCAAAGUUCUGCCCAACUCUGUCUGGAAUUAGAAGUAGAUAUUAUUCUGUACUCAAUUCCAAAUCAACCCCUAAGUUAUAUACAACCUUUAUACAACACCAAAUGCCUAGGGUGAAUCAAAUGUCCCCUUAUAAGCCAAGCCUUCUUUCUUUUUUUUUUACAAUCGUUUAUUUGCAUCAGUCAUAGUCAUUUUUAAGCAAUGGACGUUGAUUUAGAAUUGGGCUACCGACUGUUGUUCACUACCAGUACCUCCCACGCUCACUUAACUGAGUACAGCCACAACAGGGGUAUCAGUGCUCACAGAUGCCUUACUCUAAACACCUCAGCACCUUAGCCAUGAUGAAUACACUAUACUUCCAUGUGGUCACUCUACACCUGCAAUUUUCAGCUUGGUAGCCUUAAAUCUGUGACUGAUUAAAGCUGUCUUAAAGGAACAGUUUGCCUGUAAUUAGGUGGAUGACCAGUCUGUGAUGGUGGAAAGUGAAAUCCACAAAUCUACAAAUCCAAUUAUUCUGACCAGUUAUUCAGACAAUGUACCAAAUUUCAGGCCUUUCCAGGCUCUGAAUGGUAAACUCUUUGAUCAGCACUGCAGCUUGGGAAGUUACCAUGCUUGCGGCUUAAAAUUCAUAUAUAUAAAAAUAAUGUACGUUCUACUGAAAGCAAGUUCUACUGCUUGUCAAAUGUGUAGACACAAUUGACACUGUGUGUACCAGUAAAAUACACCAUAACCAAACCAUGGUCAUGGUGUCGUUAGCAGAUACACUUGACACUUACAGAUGUUACUACAACAACACAUAUUACAGUUGCACAUCACUGCCACAGAAAAAGCAUUUGUUUACACCCAGUUGGAUACUGUUAUUUCAUUCCAGUUGGUAAUUUUUGUUUAAUUUGGUUCAUUUUUAGGAAAGUUUCAAGCCGUGUAUAAACUAUAUGUAAAAUGCAAGCAUCAGAAUCCGGCACCAACAAUUGACAGUGGAAUAAAAGAGACUUGAUAUCAAUCAACAUGGGUGGAAAGCUGGGGAGGAAAAGCUGUGAGUUGGCUCUGUCAGUUCCCAGUAACUCUGUCCAAGCAAACUGUUGGUGAUUUAUCUCUUAUCAGGCAGAGAGGUCAAAAGACAAAAAGUGCAACAGCCAAGCCCUAUGUAGUCUUUCCAACAACAACUGGUAUCAGAUAAGCCAGGGGUGGCAUUUGUUAGGAAACUAUGCUGCUUCAGUUGGCUGCAGAGUUGUAGAGGUCAUUGGUUCAUAUCAUGGCCAUUUAAAGACACACAUCUAGGAGUAACAUAUGGAGUAAGUAUCAAAAUUGGCAAAUGGUUCCUUUAAGUAAUACAUAACAGGUUAAGCUGGGGAGCUACAUAAAAUAUAGCUGAGUAAAACUAUGUCUACACAUGAAGGAUGUCUUCAAGUCUUCCUGAUUUUACUGAAGCCAGGUUUAUCUUUUUAUUGUGACAAAACUGAUUUUGAGGGAAUUUGUGUUAUAAAUUCAUGGGUACCGUUAAUUUUUUAAGAGUGCGUAUUUAUGGAUUUUUUUUUUGUUUGUUUUAUAAUAAAAUGCAGUGAUUGACAAAAAAAUAUGGAAAUGCUAAUAAAUGUGUAAUAUCAACACCGUG